UUCACCCCGCCCCCGGCCGCUGCGGCUGGGCUGCGCAGGCGCGGCGCGGGCGGCGGCAGCAGCGAUGGGGGCGCGGGUGAGUCGCGUGUUCCGCACCUUCAACGUGGAGAGCCGCGCCCGCCGCGAGAUCAGCAAGGAGAAGCCCAAGCCCGCGCCGCGCCACCCCACCGCGCGGCUGGACGCGCUGGCUGAUUGUCCAGAAAUACAAGAAGAAAUUUACAGAAAGGAUGAUAGGCUCCUCACUUUCUUGAAAGAUGUUUAUGUUGAGUCUAGAGAUCCACCUGUGCAGGUAAAAGAUCAAGGUGGUGAACAUCUUCCAUGCAAACAGGAGGAAAAGAGACUUACAAAACUAGGUCAUUUGGAGGCUCUAGAUGUUAAGAAGGUUCCCAAAGGCAAAAUUUCCAUUGUGGAGGCUCUGACGCUUCUCAAUAAUCACAAACUUCAUCCUCAUAUGUGGACUGCAGAGAAAAUAGCAGAGGAAUACAGUCUGGAACUGAAGGAGGUCACCUCUCUUCUGGAAUUCUUCAUUCCUUUUGCUGUGCAGGAAUUUCCUACUGAAGGCAGAAAAGCUAUAAAACCGACAUAAAAAUAAUUACCAAAAGCUUGUGUGAUCUCACUGGUGUCUUAAUUUUACUCUGAAUAUAUUUGUUGUCUGAAAAGAAUUACUAACAUGUCAUCCAACAAGGCUGCCUUCUUAUACAAAUAAGAUGUUUUCGGGCAAUUCUAUUCUGGCUUCAGCUAAAUGCAGCUAUUGGAGGCAGUUUGUAAACCAGAAUAUAACUGUUAAGUUGUAUUAAUGAGAUAAUCAGAGAAUCAUGUGACAAGCUGUCAUAUGCACAGGUUCACUUAAAAUAUGUAAGUUCUAGUUAGAACUUUCAUUAAAAUGGGUAGCCUCUCUUAAUGGAGAGAAUUCCUGGCCUUCAGCUAAAUCAAUGCUCUGUGUGUACUAGCUUUGUAGUUUCGUGUUAUGGUCCAUAUUCAAGGACUUGCUGUCAAGAUGUAUAUAUAACAAUAUUAUUAUAUUUCUUAUGUAUAAAAAUGGAAUAGUAUUUAUAAUUUGCAAAGAAGGAUAAUGAUGGAAGGACUUGAAAAAUUCAGCUGUAUAAAAAACUUAGAAUGAAGAUGAACGCACGAAGACCUCUUUGUGAUGCUGGAACAGGAAUGGCUGAUGGUAGCUCCUCUUCCUCCACUGUGUUCUGAUUUAGCUUUAACAUCUGUACUUUCCCAGAUACUGUCUGUCAGUCCGUGAAUUUGUAAAGAGUGAAGGGAUCUUGUAGCAUCUGAGUCUCUUGUAGCUGUAUCUGUCACCUGCAGUACAGGCUUAUAUCAUAAUUAACAGGAUCUAAUAGUUGGAUCCACUGAUAGAUCUGUAAACUGCUACCUGUCUUGUUUUAACAGCCCUGUUUUCCUCAUGGAGGUCUUGUCUGCUAUACCCAAAUGUGAGCUUAGAUCAACUCAUGUUCAGUGAGGGUAAAUUGUCAAUAUGCUACAAUCCUGAAAUUGAACACUGUCCUUUUCAAUUUUUAGUAAAGGAUGUUACAAGCUGUGAAGUGGUUUAUAACCUUUUGGAUGCUUAAACUAUUCAGGUGGAUACUUAAACUAUUCAGGUAUGUGUAAAUAGGGAAGGAGUUUUGCACUGAUGAUUAAAAAAAUACUCACUGUGGUGAAAACUGAUUCAUGUUUUCUAGCUAAAAUACAUAAAGGGGAGAGAAAACCAUGUCAAUUUAUAUUUAGAAAUGUGUUAUGAUUCCCUUUUUUUCCCUUUUUUUUCCAAAAACUUAAUUUUGUGAGAUGCUGACAUUUCUAAUACACUUCACUUAAGAAGCUAAAUAUAUUAAAAGGGUAGAAGUCAGUACCAGGCCUACAGUGUAACUUUCUUUUAAGAACUUUUCUGACAGCCCUUAGAUUCCUGACUCUGGUAAAUGUGCUAUGAAGAAGAACACCAACUUUGCUAUUUCAGAGCAAGUUCCUCUGUCUGACUGAGAUGAAACAAGGUAUUUAUGGUAUAGUGUACCACAGUGUGGUUUUGCUUGAUUUAUUUUUGACUAUACAUUAGUGAAAGAUGACAUAGCCACCUAAGUGCACUGUGUAAAAAUUCUAAUUUUUUCUGCAGAUGUGUGGAUGGGUGACAGGUGAUAGGCUUGUCACUGUUCUUGUAAGUCUUGCUGGGGACAGAGCUGUACUCUGAAACUAAUGCAUAUUACCUCAGGGCUGUGUAUCACAUAAAGAUUUUUCCAGAAAGCAUUCUGUUUUAUAGAACAUUGCAACAAGUACUUUUAUGUUUGACUACUGUUCAACUGUGGUAUUUAAGGUAAAGUUCAGAAAGAACAACUGUGGAAUGCAUUUGAUAGAUACGUGUUUAUUUUUGGAAGCUCUAUGAUUACCUUCUUUAAAAAUGAUUUUUUGCCUGGAUAUUUGGUAGAGUUAAUUAAAACCUUGCUUCACAAUCCGUCAGCAGUAAACAACUUACCAUUUCUCCUGGCUCACUCA